AUGGCGGCGGGGGAGCUGCUCUUCUCGGGGCAGCUGCUGGCCGUGACGACGGACGAUGCGGGCGCGCCCCACGUGCAGAUCCAGAAGGAGGCCAUCUCCUUCUUGCAGCGACUGGCCGACCCCGUGCUGGUCGUGAGCGUCCACGGCGCCAGGCACAGCGGCAAGACGCAAUUGGUCCGCAGUCUUUUGGGUCUGGACGAAGAAGCGCCGCAGGACGAUGGGGCGUGGCUCUAUGUGAAGACGGCCAACUUCCCGAACGCCAAGUACUUGGCGUUCCUGGACCGACCGGGAUGUGGGGGCACGGAGCUGGAUGUUCUGCUGUACUCGAUCCUGGCGGGAUUGAGCAGCGUGGUGGUGCACCACGUGAACGGGCACUUGACUCCGGACGCUGUGGACCAGUUUGCUUUCCUCGCGGCUAAUGAAGAAGGAAGCGGGGCACCUCCUAGUUACGCGUUCCCGCACUCGCCGAAGCUGCUGUGGGUGCUGCAGAAUGUGACCACGAGCCAAGUGAAGGAGCAGGUCCAGGAGAGCGGCUUGUCACUGCAGGAGACCGAGCAGACCUAUCUGUGCAAUGCGCUCGCUGCGUUGCCAACGCAUUCACCGGCAGCUGAAUUCUGCACCUUCUUCGAGGCUGUUUUUCCCGACCAGGGAUGCUUUUCCGUCCCACCAAUCGAGUCGGAGGCGUUCAGCAAACGUUUGGAUAAACUCUCGCGUGUGUUCACGGACUCGGUGCACAACCGCUACCUUAAGGGCGUUGUGCUGAAUGGUCCGCUGAUUGGCUCGAUUGUGGUUUCGAUGCUAGCCCACCGCGACAAUGUGUUCAAGGCUUUUCGUGGUCGGAUCUGGAAGGAUACAAUUCACAACUGCUGUCUCAGCAUUGUUGAGAAUGCGGUCAAGCUUUACAAACUUCGCAUGUCUGAACGGCUCGGAAGCAUCGUCGAUGUUUCAGACCUGAAGGGAUUCAAACCUACACUGGCUCCUGCCCAAGAACCGUCCGAGUUAAUCCAGAAACUAUUCCGUGAUUUGGUGGAAUCUGUGCUCACCACCAUUCAGGAAGAGAAUAACCGGAUCUCAUCCGAGCUAUGUCAAUCCCUGCUCGCUACACUUCACGCCAAGAUGACGGAGAAAGUGGAUGGGCAUUUAAUGUUGGGUCCGAAAGAUGACGAGGACUCGUACUCUUUCCAAUCAACGGAAUUCAAGCGCUUUUACCAUCACUACCAAACGUAUAUGUUCGAAUUGAUGGCGGAGUACACGGACCAAGCGCAGGGCCCCGUGAGGAAGGAAGAACUUGCCAAGUUCAUGCACAACGUGAUCCGACCACAACUUGCCGAGUUCUCUGAAAAGCUAGACAAGAUCCGUCAGCACGACGAGAAUGUGGUGGAGGAGGAGAUUCAGAAGAAGGAGGAGGAAGUUGAGAUAUUCAAUGCGAAGCAAAAAAUGUACCAGAGAGAAACAAUGGACGUACAGGAAGACGUCAACAGGCAACUAGUGGAAGGUGCUAAAGUCCACGCGCUGCGAAAAGAAGCACUCGUUGGAGCCAUCAACGACCUGACUAGGAUGCACGCUAUGGCGACAAAGCAGAAAGAGCUCCUGGAAGAGGCUGCCUUCGUUUCGGUCCAACUACCCGAGCAAAAAGUAAUCGAAGCAGCCCAGGACAAGGAGGAAACUGUACUGCAAGGAUACUUGAUCAAACAAGGUGGUGGCGGAAACGUGUUGAACCCUCUAGGCCGGAAGAAUUGGAAGCAGCGGUACUUCAUUCUCAACGGCGCCAACUUGAUCUACGCCAAGACAAAGGACGACUAUGAGCGCGGAAAGAUUAUCAAGGAGCUGUGUCUGACUGGCUGCCGCAUUGAUCCCUCUCGUGACGCAGGUGAAGGAUUUGAUAUCACCCCUGGCAAGUCAGCUCAUGUGUUCGAGCUGCAGAAGGGAUUCUUCGAGAAGAACAGCAAGAAGCGCUCGUCGGCAGCGGACAGCGGCCGCGUCUUCAAACUGCGCGCGCAAACCAUCAAAGAGCGAGAUGCGUGGAUCGACAAGUUGCGCGAAGCUGCUGGAGGCUACUGA